AUGGAAAAAUAUAAUUUAUCAUUUACUGAAUUAAAUGAAACUCAAAAUCAUGAGGAUUUUAACAUUAUAUGGCUUUCAUCGGAUGCUGUCCCGUUCUCUAUAUCAGAUAAUUAUUUAAAACAAUUUGAUUGUUGUGAAGCUUGUAUAAGUUAUAUAAGAAAAUUUAAAAGUGAACGUAAAUUUCUUCUUGUAUUAACGAUGGAUUUAGAAUAUUUAUCAAGUUUUGAAGAUUUAUCUCAAAUACAAUCAAUUUAUAUUUUAAAAAAAUCAAAUGAACACAUUCAAUUCAAUAAACAAAACUGUUUAAAAUUAGUUGAUAGAUUCGAAAAUAUCGAUGAAUUAAUCAAUCGAUUACGUAAAGAUAUAUUAUUACUUUACACAAGUGAUUUACCAGUAAAUAUAUCGUCUCUAAAUGAAAAUAAUAUUGAAGAAUCAUUAAUAAGUUUACAUCGUAACAGUUUAACAAUAUUAUGGUAUAAAUCUUUUAUUUAUCAUUUAAUUCAAUCUUCAAAUGUUAAUAUGGAAGAAUUAAAACAAAUCAUGCUAGAUCAAUGUCGUUUAGAGUAUCAAAACUCCGAGAAUGAAUUAAUAAAAAUCAAUUCUUUCAAUAUGUAUUGUUCAAAUGAAACUAUUCUAAAUUGGUACACACAAGAUUCAUUCUUAUAUCGACUAUUAAAUAAAGCAUUUCGGACGAGAAAUAUUCAUUUUAUUUGUCGAUUUCAAUAUUUUUUAAAAGGUGUAUAUAAGAAAUUUCAAGAAUUAUCAGAAAUACAACAAGAAACAUAUCCUUUGAUUGUUUAUCGAGGGCAAAUUCUCAAUACAAAUGAUCUUAAACGAUUACAAUCAAAUGUCGAUCCUCUUAUUUUAAUGAAUACAUUUGUAUCAACAACACGUAAUGAAGAAAUUGCUCGUUUAUUCAUUCGUGGAACUCGAUUAAGUGCUUUAUUUAAAAUUAAUAUUCACAGUAGAUUUCAAUCCUAUAUUGAUAUUUCUAGUUUUAGUUCAAUGCCAUAUGAACAAGAAAUUUUAUUUUUUCCUGGAACUAUUUUUUCCGUUGAUUCUAUUCGACAAGAAAAUGAUUCAACAUGGAUUAUUGAACUUACGUUAAAUAAUGAAAUAAGUGAACAUAUCGACAAUUUAAUAUCUGAUUUUCAAAAUCAUAUUCCUGUUUUUAAAAACAAACAUAAUGUAUUUAUGAAAACAGAUGAUUUUCGUUUGAUCAAACAAUAUUACAAAAUGCUAACAGGAGAAGAAUUCUGGUUAAAUAAUGAAUCUUUAAAUAUGAUAUAUAUUUAUGUUGCUUUUAUGUUUAGUAAUUUAGGAUGUUAUGAAAAAGCAAUUGAAUUAUACAAAAAAUAUCUUCUCAUAGGAAAUAUUUCUAUUGAUAGUUCGAAAUCAAAAGUUAUUCAUAUGAUGAUCGGUUAUCUUUAUUAUAAUUUUUCUGCAUAUGAUAGUGCUUUUCUUCAUUAUGGUAUUGUAUUAUCAUUAUUAGAUGAAGGAAAUUUAUUAACACUUGAAUUAUACAAUCAUAUUGGUGAUGUUUGGAAUACUAUAGACAAUAUUGAUUAUGCAAUAUCAUGUUAUCAACAAGCAUUGAAUGUUGGGAGUAUAAAUAACAUUUGUCGAUCAGAUAUUAAUCAGAAACUAAAUGAUUUACUUUUAAAAAAGAAACAUUCAGCUUCAAAUUAUAUUUAUCAAAGACAAAUAAACGAUAUUGAUGAACAUUACAGAUCAAUUAUAAACCCAGAUAAUGAAACAGAAUUGAAAGAUUGUCAAUGUCAACUAAAUAAUGAACAUAAUCUUACACCAAUUCAACAUAUUGAUGUGUUAUAUAGGUUUGGUAUAUGUUUAAUGAGAAAAGGCGAUUUUUGUUAUGCAUUAGAAAUCUUUUUAAAAACUAAACAGAUGGUUAUUGACCAACCACCAGAUGAUGAAAAUAAUUCUACAUCUAUUUGGUUUAUUGAUUUAUCAUAUCAAAUUGGUUUAUGUUGGAUGAAAAAAGGUGACUUUAAUCAAGUCUUGAAAAAUCUUUUAACAGCUGAACAGAUUAUUAUUAAAAACCCUCCAUUAUGGGAUCGAUUUCCUCAAUUACUUGCAACACUUUAUGAUAAUAUUACUAUACUUUAUUUUUUCUUAAAUGAACCUUUUAAAGCAUUAAUUAUGUGGAAGAAAUCGAAUGAUAUAAAAACAAAUUUUUCUUAUGAUUAA